UGAUUUCUGAGUCAUAAUUUUGCAGUCGUCUCUAUUUUUGUCGAAAUGAAACGUACAUUUUCUUGUAUAAUUUAAUUUAAAAUGGGUUUCCUUCUUCUUACACGAGAAGUUUAAACAGAGUAAGGAUGGAAGUUGACGAUUAUCACUUUUGUGAGUUGUUGAAGAUGGAGCCCGUGGCCAGGAUGCCUGAUGAGGAGCUUCUACAUUCCGAGGUGGCCAUCAUGUCAGGUGGGCGGGAUCAGAACGGACGACCUCUUGUGACCUUUCCUGCACAGAAUCAUGGGAUACUGGGGUCAAGGGUCAUGGGCAGUGGGCUUGAUCGCAUCCUACGGUAUUACAUCAAUAUCACAAGCCCUACCACCAAAGUACAUGGUUUUGCUUUCAUCGUUGAUCUUCGGUUUUCGUCGUUAGAUUUCAUAUCUAUGCUCAAGUCUUCCUUAAACAGUUUACAGGCUGAAACAAGCAGUGUAGUCGGUCCAUUUGUACUGUACCUGAUACAACCGAUCAACAAGAAAAGCCUCAAAGACACUCAGACCUUACUAGCACUCAGGCAGAGCAAGAAGAAGAGCAAUAAACACAUGCCAUCUACACACUUCCAGACUACCCUCGUCGUAGAUGAGAUGGAUCUGUACAAUCAUGUUGAUAAGAGCCAGCUGACAGCGGAUCUUGGUGGUUACCUUCAGUACUCACACAGCGCUUGGGUCCGCUUCAGAAAGACUGUGGAGCCAUUCUUUGUGUGUUAUGAGGAAGUGAUCCCAAAGCUGCCUGAUGCCUUCUCCAGAAUCGAUGAUCUGGAGAGCUUUGAUCUCGGAGAAACGAGAGAGGAUUUAGAAAGACAGCGGGAGAACAUACAACAUUUGAUCAAAGACUUAUUCAGGGAACUUGACCUAGAAUCUCUGAGCCACAAGUGCGAUGAUCUCUUGUCCAAGAUCACACAGUCCGACAGCGACGAGGUCUUCGCGGCAGUGGCCCAGAAGCCUGUCUUCCGUGAGGUACGUCUGCUGGCUGAAUACUGCAGGGAGAAGCUUACUAUGAUGAAACAGAGGCUAGAUGCGGCCAAGGAUAGGGUCGAAGGUCGCGUCAAGGACGAGAUGAAACGCAUCAAGCUUCUUGAGGAUGUACAGAAUCUUUCCAACUGGUUGCUGAAUGAGGGUCCCACAGGUUUAAAGAGACUUGAGAUAGCAGACUCUAUAGGCAGGGCAGAGAUGUUGUGUAACCACUUUGAAACGGGAGUGGCCUCACUCGCAUUGGACAAAUUAGGCCAAGCAGAGAGCUUAAAGGAUGACGUCCAAGCACUGGUAGGAGAAGGAACUCAAGGCUUUGCUCUUCUGAGGAACGCAAUCAGGGCUCUAGAAGGCCAUGCAGAAAACUACCAGAGGAUGCUGGAUGAUCGGCGCCACCUAUUGUCCACUGUGAGAAAUUUCUAUGGUCUAUAUGACAAGAUUGCAAGAUGGUGUGUCCGAGCACUCAAGUUUCUCCCGCACGACAUCGCCGACAUCCAUGAUGACAUCCGAUCGGAGCAAACCAGCAGUCAUCGUCGGCGGCAGGACAUAGGAGACGCGGAGUACCGCUGGGUGGAGGACGUGGAGCGGUUCCUUCGUAAGCAUCAUCCGCCGAGAGAGGAGGAUGUGACGACGAUGAUGGAGUAUGCAGAGACCAUAGGGGAGAGGGUGAGGAAGAAGAAAGCAAAGCACUUGUCGAAUAGGUAUACUGUUCUUCUAAGAGUCCUAAACACCAGUACCCUUGCAGAUGAGAAAGAUGUCCUUCUGGUGAAGAAAUGGAAGGGAGAGGUAGUUGGUUCUCAAGAUGAGGGCCGGCAGGAGAAGACCCAGACCAAGGGUGCCAUCCGGGAGAGGAAGGAUGGUGAUGGGGUGGAAGAAUCAAGGAUGGAAGCGGAGGAGAAGAGCGAGAUGGAGUCUGAGGUUGAUGACCCGCUGCUGAAGAGGAUCGGGAGGCACACACCUAGCAAUGAGCUUGAAGUGAAAGGUCAAGGGUCAAAGAGACGAUCAUCUAAAGGGAAGGUUGACGAGAAGGUGGAGAAUCGGGAGAGCGAUUUGGAUGGUAGAGGGAGGAAAGGCAAAGAUGAAAAAGGAAGAACUGAAGGUGGAGGGAAUGAAGAGGAAGAUAAAAGGAAGGAGAAGGUAAGGGAUGAUAGAGAGAAGGAUAGAGAACAGUCGCAGUGGAUCCGACCCAGUCAGGAUUUCUGGGCGGGACGGAUUCCAGGUGUGGUUCGCCCAAAUCAGCAGCACGACGAUGAACUUGAUGGUAGGGCUGCACCGGGUUAUGAUAAAGUUGGAAUGCCAGUCCAGGAUGUCCAUCCACACAUUGCCAGCAGACUGCCAGCUCCAGAUCCAACAUCGCUUGAUUUGAGCUCCCCUCAUCUUGGUGUUGGUGGGAUCCGGCACCACUUGAACAGAAACCAGAAUGCCAAUCCCUCUCCUAGUUAUGUUACAGGACAACCUCUGCAUGGGCUUCAUGGGAAUAUUGCCUUACCCCUGAGUCCACAGAUCGGUCCAUUCCAGGGCGUGCCAAGCCAUAUGAACCAAUCACACCCCAGUACUUUUCAAACUGGCCAAUCACAGUUCUCUAUUCACAGUAUGAACCAAUCACUGUACAGUGUUCCCCCCGGGAUAGACCUAGCUUCCAGACAGCAUGGACCUGUGAUGAAUGCAUCAGUGCAGACGUGCACGUUGUACGACCCUGUGACCGGCAUGCCUUAUCAGUCAUACAUCCAGUCUCCACACAGUUCAAGCUUGCAGGGAGAUCGACAUUCAAUGGACAAUCUCUCAGAUUCCCAACACAGUUAUCCUAGGAUGGGGCAUCACAGUGGACUGGUAGAUCCGCACAUCUCAGGGAUGCAAGCUCUUAAAGCACUCGUUGGACAUCCUCAGCAUCAGGUCACUGGUCAAGACAGCCUACAUGCCCUCAACAUAGGGUUGUCCUCCGUUCAGGAUCAGCACAGCAGAAGCAGCACGCCUCACAGUGAACACAACAGGGAGCUCUCACCUUACGAGGAUGUCCUAAAUCGAAUUGGGCACAUGCGUGCAAGAGCACGCCGCAGCAAGAAGAGCCGUAGUAAGUCUGCCAAAAAAUCAGCAGAGAUGCGAGCAGCAAAGUCGGUCCCUAACUUGAGCAACUUGCUAGCACGUGUGAACCUUGGUGGAAGUGAAUAUGGCGAUAACAGUCUUGGUGUUGAUCGGGAUCAGCAGAGCGAUUACUACGCCAGAUUGACGCACCUUGAUGACCGAUCAGGACGUCGGUCUUCGGAACAUGCCACCAAGAAAUGGGUCAGCCGCCUUGUGGCUGAUGAUCUCCAUUAUGCAGAUUCGUCCAGUUUCCGAUCAGCCUCACCAGCUUUGCCUUCGAGGCGUGAACAGCGACCUCUCACACCCCAAGAAAAAUAUGAACUUGAAUCACUGACUUCGUUUCUGAAUGAGAGCGAUGAUGACAACGAUGACUCUGCACCUUUGGCCACUUCUCCAACCAGAGACCAGUUUAGCCUUGGGGAUUUGUCCACUGGCCAGUUGCAUAGUAGGGUCUUGCAAACAAGACCCCCAAACAUUGACUUUGAUGCAGAUCAACAAGAGCUGGAUCAAAUUAGGCAGAAUCUAUCGGGGUCAUUUGCUACUCCAGGUAAUCCCAACUUGAACUUUGAUCAUCUUCAUACAAGUAAACUCUCACCAAAUGAGCAUCAUGGUAGCUUCUCAUCAUAUGACCUCUCACCACAUCACAUUCCCUCUAGCCAUAGCUCUCAAAUACACCCCCAUUCAACAAGUCGAUCCUCCCACGGUGCCUACCAUUCAGCCAAUAACAGUUCUACAUCAUUUGGGGGGACCAGUCAAGGGAGUCCCCCGUACUCAUCACGCAAUCAACACCAGAGUAGUCCAUUUGAUAGGAGGGGUGGUCAUCAGUCUUCUGUAGUGGCGGAGGGAGCAAAGCUUGCACCAAUGACAGAGCAGCUGAGGGAGUAUUUUGGGGAGGUGGGUGUGACGGAAGAAGAAUUGGUUCAACAAGGUUUGGAAGGGAGACUGAGGAAUGCACAGGUUAAUCAGGUUCAGGAGAGAGUGACCCAUGAUGAACUCAGCACACCAAACUUCUUAGCAGAGGCAAUGAACACCCUGGUCAAACUAGACUCGGUCAACUCCCAACUACCUGUAGGGCUCCCUCCUGAGGCGAGACAUAGGCUACAGCGCAACCCAAGCCUGCAGUUCUCCGACGAGGGCGUGAUCAUUGACGGUGCAUCAUGGGAUGGGACGCUGGAGGCGGGUAGUGUGGCCACGACUGAACGAGGGAGCGUGGAGAGCGGAGUUGGAUCAAGAGGUCAAGCCAGUAAUCCCUAAACGUUGAAGGUUGUAUACGGGUAACUGAACAAAGCCACAUCUACAAACAAAUUUGCUUGCAUGAAAACUAAAAAUUAAUCACUAUCAAGAGUCCCAGGUAUUCUCCAGUUGAUAUGAAGCGACCAAUUAUUUUAUUUCACUGAGCAGAUAUUUACCACAGUAAUUCAAAUCCAUUGAUUUAGAUCUAGUUUUAAGAUGAAUUCAGAUUAAGGUUCUACUUCCUUAGAAGAACAAGUAAAAGGUGCAAAUUAUUGGUUUCACUUGGGUAUGUUGCUGCAUAUUGGUGCCACUCCUUUUUAUAGCCUGUUUUAGCUCUCUUUUUUUAGCCAUUUUUGUUGCAUUUUUUAAUCAUUUAGUAAUGCAGAAUUCAAUGUAAUAGUCCUGAUUUUGAACCGACUCAUUUUAUACCAUCACUCACUUUUUUUACACGUAGUUUGACUGGGAUAAAGCUACAGCACUGCAAGGGACCAACUUUAACUUUGAUUAUAAAAAUAAUUAUAUGAAACUCUUUUGUUUACAGAUAUGAUAGCUUCAGAGUUACAAAUUUCUUGUAGACCAUUUUAUAGAUGACAUUUUUAUCAUUGAUUCAUUUCAAAAAGCAAAUGAUGCAGGGAAAAAAUUACACGUGGGCUGGGGUGAUUUCGCCCCCAAUCGGCUCAAAGGGAUUCUUGAAAAUCCCAAGUAGUUGUAAUGUUAAAGAUUACCCAAUGUUACAGAUUUAAGCAGGAAGUUGUGAAAAGUA